UACCUCUCUUCCAAGCACUCUUUAAAAAAGAAAUAUUUUGCCAAUUAUGUCAAAGAAAUCUGACGCCGAGGUUAUCAGUACCAAUUCUGGUCUUCAACCGGACUAUGAGGACUUGAGCAACCUAUCGCCUUCUCUUCCAUCAUUGAAUGGUGUUACUUUUUUCCCUUCACCAUCACAUCCUCAGGCUCAGUCUGAACAUCCUCCAACAGCAAUUCCUUUACACUUAUCCAGGUCAAUAAAUAUUAAUAAUAGUAGAGAGAAUGAGAACGAGGAUACUGCCAAGUGGACAACAGACGAUGGUGGUAGCCUAGGUCAUCGUCAUGGUAGCCAUAAAAUGACCCUGCUGUCAUUUCUUAUCUCCCCUGUAGGCUACAGAUGGCUAGGUUUUGGUCGAUUAUCUUGCUUCAAAAAGAAAGAUAAAAACAUCUCUUGGAAACACCAUAACAGCACUAACAGAGCUACCGUAGCUGCCAAAAAACUAGCCACGGCCAUGUUAGUUAGUUCUGAAGAAUAUGUAGCAUGGUUCGAGUCGAAGCGACAAAAAUCCCCGAUGUCUUCUGUAUUUUCGUCAUAUCCAGAUGAUUUAUCUGGGGCAACUCGAGCUGGCGUCCGUGGAUUUGUAGCUGGCUAUUUGGCAGGCACAAUCACAGACGUUUUAUUGCCUGCUCUUUUGAAGCUUCGGCUCAAAGGUCUUUUACAACGGCUCAAAAAGAACCAUUCUUCUCGCUCCUUAGGCCUCUCUAUUGGAUUCUUUGCACUCGUUUACAAAUUAGUCUUUCGGUAUAUGGCUAUGCUAUUGGAUGGUGCCCCAACUGUUGCUGAACCACAUCGAAGAGAUUGUGAAACCCAGCUUAAGGUUCAAGGCCCAACAACGCCGCGGACGAUGGCAAUGCUGUGCAAAGGAAAAGGACCAUCCAUGAGGAGAUUCUGUUCUGCGGUGAUUGCUGCCUUGGUUGCAUCACCAACGUUUGCAUUGAUCCCACAACAGACGCGUCGGCUUGCUGUUGCACUGUAUUCACUAACUUACGCAGGAGAAAUAAUAUAUGCAGCUCUAAAGUAUAAAGGGUAUUUAGAAUGGAUUCCAGCAUGGUGUAAUAUCUGGAUUAUCACUUCAUUGUCCUGGGCAGUUAUCGUGCAUUCAUUCACUCACCAUACGGAAUUAUUAGCACCUGAGGCAUUGACUUUCAUCUUUUCCCUGCGCUCUCCAUAUCUAAUACGGCCACCUCAAUUCGAUCCGGCUGUCUAUGGGCCUUAUCCUUCUGCUAGGGACUUGUUUAAGGCCAUGGCAGCUUAUGCAGGCACCAGCCCCAAGUCAGCAUCAGCUUUCGAAAAGCUGUCCAUACCAUCAUCUUGUGUCCCAGUCCUUAAAUCCACCGAAAAUAUGAAUUAUGAUUCUAUGUAUUGCCGAUUCUUCCAUGCCAACACAUCCAGCUGUAAAGAAGCCAUAUUGAUGUUCACUAAAAGACAAUCUUUGUACGCUUUCAAGAUUUAUUUAAAGUUGGAAGCUCUCAUGUUUUUGGUGCGAGAUGGCCGUGCUUUCCAUAAUGGGGUUAUGAGUUACGUCAAGGAAGCGGGUAUUCGGAUUGUGAGCGAUACAAUUUGCUUGCUAGGUGCUUUCAUUACAGCAUUCUCGCUAUAUUGUGUAUUCGAGCAUGUGCUUCCGAGAGAAUUCCUGCCAACGAAACGACAUUAUCUAAGUGGAGCCAUGACUGGUCUAUGGCCCUUGAUUCUGCCACCUAAACGGCAAUCAGUACUUUCAUUAUUUGCUUUACGGUUAGCGCUCAAGACUAUUUGGAAUCAUCUUGUUGAAGCCAAAUAUGUUCGUAAUAUCAAACACGGAGAGACACUUCUUCUUGGCUUAUCCAUGUCGGCAAUCAUGGGCGUGCUUGAAGCUGUACCUGGAUUACCGCGCAAAGGCCUUUUUCAAAAAGCACUUUUCAAGAUCCUUGACGACUAA